UUGUCCAUUUGUUCACUAUUCAUUCGAAAGUUAUUCACUUGCAAUGGGAGGUUAUUUCAGGAUUCCACUGUGACUGUAAUCGAUUACUUCUCAAGUGGCUAUGGUCGUCCUAAAAUCGAUUCAGAUCAAGGAAUUUUCGAUGUUCAUGGCGUAUAUGAGUCUGGCUAUAUCUACGCGAACUUCUCACGAGGUCUUGUCUCUGAGGAUGAAUAUGAUCUAUCGAUAAAUGAGUGUAUCUACUUCUUGUAUCCAGUUGCUGGAGGCGAUUUGGAAGAAGGAUCCGGUGAAAUAAAAAAGCACACUGAAACGCCGGUAACGUCGCUGAAGAAGGUCUGUCUGAAGGCGUGUGGUCGUUCUGAGGAUAUCGCACCAACCAAAAAAAUUCUCACAAAUGAAGCAUCCGUUUUGGAGGCUAGUGUAUUCCCAGAUGAAUCAACGCAAGCAAUUAGAGCGAAAUAUGAGAUGAUCAUACGAAUUCUGAAUCGUGAAUGGAACUCAAGAUUGUCCGAUGGAACAACUGAGGAAUUCCGUACAAUGACAAAUGAAGUAACAAAAGCGAUCGACUCAGUUAUGCAACCAAAAUGGCCAUCAAUCAAGGUUGCAAAAGUCACAAAAUUCGUUGUCAUAGCGCACGUAACGUUAACAACCACAGAAUCCAAUUCACCAUCCGCAAUGAAGGUCAAACAGCUCAUCGAAGAUCAAGCUGUUCGUGGUCCUGUUGAAUCGCUCAACAUCGAGCCAUCAACAGUGAAGGCGAUAAAAACAGAAAUUGAAGAGCCCGAAAACAUGACAGCUGACCAGCUGCGCAAUUGGAUACUGAUCGGUUUGGGUGUAUCGCUUUUCUUGUUAGCGUUCUGUUUGGUUUGUUGUAUUGUUUGUCGGUCGUGCUCUCGAAAACGUGAAACUUUCGUAAGUUUUAUCGUAUUUGAUAAAUCUUUUGAAACUGUCAUAUUUUUUAUUAUAUUCACUGUUUCUAUGAUUUACACUUCUGUUCAUUGUGUGGGCAUUAUAAUUGAUUUGUUGAAGUGGUAG